CUCAUCUCUCAAGUCCUCUGGGCUGAGCCAUCCAUGGCAGCUUUCUUGCUUUCUUCUUCCUUCCUCUUACUUCUCAUAGCCCUUUUCUUUUCAACCCAAAAUUUUCUAGCUCUGCUUGGAGCAUUAGCUUUGCUCCUGCUAAUAUUUGCACUUCUGUUCUUAUUGCUCCAUGUUCCAGAGCUGAUAUCAAAGGACAAACGGCCUCCCAUAGCUGGAUCAAUGUUACACCAACUCUUUUACUUCAACACACUCCUUGAUUACGGAACAUCCCUGGCCAAGAAUCAUCGAACUUUCAGGCUGAUCAUGCCGUUGUAUAGCGAGAUUUAUACGGCCGAUCCUGUUAAUAUCAAGUAUAUACUAAGGACCAAUUUCCCUAAUUAUGGAAGGGGUGCCCAUAUUGAGAUAAUGAGAGACCUGUUCGGUGAUGGUAUCUUUGCUGUAGAUGGUGAGAAAUGGCGCCAUCAACGGAAGCUCGCGAGCUACGAGUUCUCGACCAGAGUUUUGAGGGACUAUAGUAGUGCUGUGUUUCGUGAUAAUGCUGCAAAAUUGGUCUCAAAAGUUUCCACUUUGGCUCUAGUUAACCGUGUUAUGGAUUUGCAGGAUCUGUUCAUGAAAUCGGCUUUAGAUUCGAUUUUCAAGGUGGGGUUUGGAGUUGAGUUAAACUCGCUCUCGGGUUCUGUCGAGUCAGCAAACCGAUUCGCCAAGGCUUUCGACGACUCUAACGUCAUUGUGUUUUGGAGAUACGUUGAUGUGCUAUGGAAAGUUAAGAGGUUUCUCAAUAUAGGAAUGGAAGCCGAUCUUAAGAGAAACGUCAAGAUCAUAGAUGACUUCAUUUUCGAGUUGAUUCAACGGAAGAGAGAGCAGAUGGAAGACGAAAAGCUUGUGAGAGACAAGGAAGACAUCUUGUCAAGGUUCUUGAUGGAGAGCAAGAGGGACCCUGAGAACAUGAAUGAUCGAUAUUUGAGAGAUAUAAUUCUCAAUUUCAUGAUAGCAGGCAAAGAUACAUCAGCAAGCACACUCUCUUGGUUCUUCUACGUGCUUCUCAAACAUCCCGGUGUUUGGGACAAGGUCGUCGAGGAAGUUUGGGACGUGACACGAGCUAAGGAUAACAUGUGUGCUGAUGAAUUUUCGAGGUUGAUGACGGAUGAAGCAUUAGACAAGAUGCAUUAUCUUCACGCGGCGAUAACCGAGACACUUCGACUUUAUCCUGCAGUUCCUGUGGAUGGUAAGUUUUCGGCAGAGGAUGAUGUUCUGCCUGAUGGUUUUAAAGUAAAGAAAGGAGAUGGGAUAAAUUACAUGGCCUAUGCCAUGGGAAGAAUGACAUAUGUCUGGGGAGAAGAUGCUGUCGAAUAUCGGCCCGAAAGAUGGCUCGAUGAUAACGGCCAUUUCCGUCCGGAGAGCCCUUUUAAGUUCACCGCAUUUCAGGCUGGGCCUCGCAUCUGCCUGGGAAAGGAAUUUGCAUACCGUCAAAUGAAAAUCAUGUCUGCCGUUCUCCUUUACUUCUUCCGAUUCCGACUUGUCGAUGAGUCGAAGGAGGCUAAGUAUCGAACCAUGUUCACCCUUCACAUGGCUGAGGGGCUCAAUGUGUAUGCGUUUCCCAGGACCUAACCAAACUGUGAGCUUGGAAAUGUUGGUCUUUCCU